UUUUUCAUUUCAUUUCAUAUAAGAGUUUUCCAUUGAAUUUCCCAGCAAAAAAAAUACGACGUCUUAAACAAAAGGCUACAAAAUUGUGUGUGUUAACCUUAAAAACUUCACAACCGGUGUUUUAUUGUUUUUAUCAUUAAAAAAUGGCAAUCUUUCAAAGUGGAGCUUCAUGUUUGCUUUCAACAAUUAUAACAGUAUUGUUAUUUUCGGCUAUGCAAAUUUAUAAACCGUAUAUUGCAACUUCCCCAAUUUUGGGUGGUUUUAUCGGUUCAUGGAUUUUUAUUUUUGCAUUAACUGCAUUUUCCAAUUUCGAAAGUAUGGUUUUCGGUAAAAACAGCCAGGCAAAAAUGUUUCCAGAGAUUACAAUAUGCUUAUUUAUUGGAUUAUUAAGCGCUGGAUUAGUUCAUCGAGUAUCUGUUACUUCAUGUUUCAUGUUGUCAUUAAUAAAUUUAUAUUUCGUGCACAAUAUCUCACAAAAAACAUACAGCGUACCAGAGAAAGUUGUACCAGUUCCAACGCACAGCAGCAAAAAGAAAAACAAAUGAACACAGCCAUUAGCACAACGUCAAACAUUAACAAAAUGGCGUCAAAAAUUAUUACGUAAAUAUAUAUUUUAGGUUAAGAGACACUGAUACCGAUUACAUCACAACUCAUGAGAUAUUAUUGUUCAUAUUAAAAAUAGUAGCGUUUAGUUCAAAAGAAUUCUCUUAAAAUGUGGGCAGCGCUCUCUACAUGCAUAAUUGACUGGACUACAUUUGAUGAGCGUUCUUUAUAGCUGAACGCAGCCAUUGUUCAUUUUUUAAUGUAUAUAUAUGUAGUUACUUUUUGGGUACGUUCAUGUUUGGAGUUUGUUUUGUAAAAAUACAAAAUUUAAACAUA